GGAAAAAAGGAGCCAAAAAAAAAGGGAAUCUAUACUUUUAGUCAAUUUUCUGAUCUACCGGCUAGUCCCCCAUGUCUUCUGAUCCUUCAAUGCGUGUUAGCCCUGCAACUCUUACCAGAACUUACAAAGACGCCAUCAAUGCUUUGAACACAUUACAAUCAAACUUCGCUUCCAUUGAAGCUACCAAGAAACUUGGUCCAAAUGUCGAUAAGAACAAGUUAUCCAUCAAUGAAGUGUAUGAAUACACCCGUAGGUUGGGAUACAAGCCUGCUGACUUCAACCGUCUUAACUUGAUCCAUGUUACUGGUACAAAGGGUAAAGGUUCAACCUGUGCGUUUACUGAAUCAAUCUUACAACAAUAUCGUAAUACCUCCACUUCAAAUUCCAAUUCAAUCACUAAAAUAGGUCUUUUCACUUCUCCUCACCUUAAAACCGUGAGAGAACGUCUUAGAAUCAAUGGUUCUCCUAUCGAUGAAACCAAAUUUGCUAAAUAUUUCUUUGAAGUUUGGGAUACUCUUAGUACUACUGAAUCUGAUCCUGAGGAAUUUCCAACUCUUCAACCUUCAUCUCAAGUUAAGCCAAUGUAUUUCAAAUAUCUUACCAUUUUGAGUUUCCAUGUAUUUAUGUCUGAAGGUGUAGACACUGCCAUCUAUGAAGUUGGUGUAGGUGGAACUUAUGAUUCAACUAAUAUAAUAGAUCAACCAACUGUGUGUGCCAUUUCAAGUUUGGGUAUCGACCACACGUUCAUGUUGGGUACUACCAUUGAACUGAUCACUUGGAAUAAAACUGGGAUUUUCAAAAAGGGUAGUCCUGCCUUUAUUUCGAGUCAAAGGGAGUACCCGCAAGCAAUUGGUAUUGCCCAAGAAAGAGCUAAAGAAUUGGGUGUUUCAUCUUUAACCGUGGUUAACGCUAACGAUAUUUUACCUCAACUGGUUAAAUUGGGAUUAGCUGGUGAUUUCCAAAGAGAAAAUGCAGCCUUGGCGGUUGAAAUUGCUGCAACUCAUUUAAAGAAAUUGGGGGUGUUAUCAGAUGUUAAUUUGAAAGAACUUCCAGAAAAAUUCCUUACUGGUUUAGCAAAUACUAAAUGGGAUGGAAGAUGUCAAGUAAUUAACGAUGAAUCCAAGCAAAUUGAAUGGUUCAUCGACGGAGCUCAUACUUUAGAAUCAAUCAAUGUUGGUUCCACUUGGUUUAAGGAUGUUUCUUCUAAGAAAUCCGGUACAAGAGUCCUUUUAUUCAAUCAACAAAACCGUGAAAAUGCAACAGACCUUCUUGCUAAACUCUACAAGAUAUCUGUCGAAAGUGAAGGAGGUGCUCCCUUUGAUCACGUCAUAUUCACCACAAAUGUGACUUGGUCGCUGGGGUAUAAUGCUGAUCUUGUUUCACUCAACACUUCAAAGGAACAAGUUGAUAAGUUAAUUAUUCAAAAGGAGUUAAGUGAAGCAUGGAAAAAUCUUGAACAAGACAUUGGUAGAACUACUCCACUGCAUAUAUUCGCUGACAUAGAAAGUGGUGUUAAGUUUGUUGAUUCAAUCGAAGGACCAGUUCAAGUCUUCGUUUGUGGUAGUUUACACCUUGUUGGAGGACUUUUGGUAGUUUUUGAUGGUAAGGAAGAAUAGAAUAGAAGAAAUUAUUUAUAAAUCAGAGUUAAAGUUACAUUUGGGACAUAAUUAAAUAUAAUGGAAUGAUUUUGGAUUA